GGUGCUGGAGACCGUCGCUCGUCUUCCGUACUUCUCUUACAUCACCGUCCUGCACCUCUAUGAGUCCUUAGGUUGGUGGAGGUCCCCGGAGAUUCGCCACAUCCACUCGGCAGAGGAGGACAAUGAGCUCCAUCAUCUCCUCAUUAUGGAGGCCCUGGGUGGCGAUGUGAACUGGUUUGACCGCUUCGCGGCGCAGCAUGCGGCGCUGGCCUAUUACUGGAUCGUCACUGGACUCUUUGUUUUCAGCCCUGAGAACGCGUACAACUUCUCUCACCUGGUAGAGGAGCACGCCUAUGUGACAUACCAAGUCUUCGCAGAGGAGAACGCGGAGCUCUUGCGAAGAGUGCCUCCACCGCCCAUUGCCGUGAAGUACUACGUCUCCGGGGAUCUCUACAACUUUGACAAAUUCCAGACACGCCAUAGAGAGGAGCAUCGCCGCCCCCCCUGCGCCAAUCUCUUGGAUGUGUUCCAGAACAUCCGGGACGACGAAUACGAACACAUCGUCACCAUGAAGGCCUGCCAAGAGUGGUGGGCCGGGCAUGGGCCGUCACCUAUCCCUGAGGCGGCUGAGAGGACCGUGUCGCAGGAGCGAGAGGCAUGGAACCAGUGGGCAGAGGAGUUGAAUAAGCUUGGCAAAGUGAAACUGGACGAGUGAGGGCGGCAAACGUGGGUGCCUGUUCAACGGUUGCCGCAACAAGCUGCUUUUUGUUUUUCUUGGGAUCAAGUUCCAAAAGAGAGUGAUUUGGACUCUUUGGAAGUCAUCAGCAAAAGAUGAUCUCUUGCCCACAAAGCCAAUUAGAACCAGUGAGGUCUCUCUUGAGACCACGAUUCCCGGCGAGCUGCUCGGUAGUCAGUCCGAGCCAAUGGAUUCUUUCUGGAUUGCUCGCAGUUUUUUGGCAGCAUCCAAGUCUCGUUCAUUCCAAAGGAGAAUGAACUUUUAACACGAAGGAAAGGCCAAGGGGUUUUGUUGGGCUGCGCAUCGCGCGGGCUUUGCGCAAUGGUUGCGCGUUUGUGCAACCGCGCAGCUGGGCCGCAGUCCCCAUGUGUUGCGGUGCGUUGUGGCGUCCUGUGACGGUUUUGGAA